UCAGAGUUAUUUAGAGUGAGGACCGUCUGUUGUCGCUUAAGAGAAUAAGUCGGCUUUUUUGCUUUCCUAAAAGGAAACUUAAAGUGGACGAGCAGGAGAACCCUCAAAAAUUUCUCCCGGGGGUUCGGGAGAAUAAAGCUUCCUGGUCCAUCGAGGCGGGAGAAGAGGCGGCUUUGGAUUUAAGGUGGGAGGGAAGGGGCGGAAGAGCUCCAGUCCUCAACCUUUCCGGAAAACUGUGUUCAUCUGCUUCAGCUCCGGACCCCCAGCUCAGCCGGGCCCGUCCUAAGCGCACCAUGACCGAAAUUACCGAAAAGGAGAACGACCCCCAACACAGCACGGAUGCGCAGCAGACCCCGAGCACCGGCUCCAGCCUGCAGGAAACAAAGUUACAAAGGUUCAAACGCUCUCUGUCACUCAAGACCAUCCUGCGCAGCAAGAGUGUGGAGAACUUUUUUCUGCGCUCUGGUAAUGAGUUCAAGCUGCCCUCCGAUGUCCUGCUCAGCCCUCCUGAUUCCAUGCCACCCCCCUCUCCACCCCCAGCUCCCUCUGAAGUAGAAGCCUCCCCCAGAGCCCUUCACAAGUCCCUGGGAACCCUCAAGCCCAUGAAGACUCACAGCUUCCAAGAACACAUCUUCAAGAAACACAAUCCUUGUGAAAUUUGCCAUCAGCUUAUUGUAGGAAACUCCAAGCAAGGCCUACGAUGCAAGACAUGCAAAGCAAGCGUGCAUCUGUGGUGUUCAGAAGAAGUUUCUCAUCAGCAGUGUCUGGGCAAGACACAGGCAACCUCUUUCCGUCGUAAUCUUAGUUCUCCUCUGCUGCUACAUGAACCACAGCCCCAACCAGCCCCAGCCAAGGAAUCGCCUCCUGCAGCAGGCCCCAGUGGAAAGGUAGAUCCCGUUUAUGAGACUUUGCGCUACGGCACUUCACUGGCCUACAUGAAUCGCUCCAGCUUCAGCAGCACCUCAGAGUCCCCCACCAAGAGUCUGAAUGAGAAGGAGGAACUAGUUCAAAACACAGAAGGCUCAACAGCAAGUGGACCAACAGCAGAGGAAAAUAUAACCGAUAAUGUUUUCUCAAUGGCCACAGAAGGAGAGAACCCUGUAUUGGAAGAAAAGAACUCAGGGCAACAGCCAUCUCAAGGCUCUACACGCAAAGAGGUCUCACCCAUGUAUUCUUACGUUGCUCUGUACAAGUUUCUGCCUCAGGAGAACAAUGAUCUGCCACUGAAGCCAGGAGAUCGAAUCAUGCUGAUAGAUGAUUCUAAUGAAGAUUGGUGGAAGGGGAAGAUGGGAGACCGCAUUGGCUUUUUCCCAGCCAAUUUUGUCCAGCGAGUUCGCCCAGGUGAAACUGUCUGGAGAUGCUUUAGGACUUUCUGUGGCAACAAAGAACAGGGACAGCUGAGCCUUAAAGAAAACCAGAUCUGUGUUGGUGUGGGAAAGACCAAAGAGAGUGAAGGUUUCAUCAAGGUGACAAGUGGCAAAAAACGUGGGCUGGUGCCUGCUGAUACUCUGACAGAAAUUUGAAGAUGAAAGAUGAAGAGCAAAAUGAGAGAAGUAUACAAUAAAAAGAGGAUGCCUACAAGGGGAGCGAAGCUGCCUUGUGUUCCUCUAGGCCACCCCAUAUCGGAGCACCUGGGUAAUCACUGUUUCACAGAAUCUUCCCACUGGAUCUUGCAAGCAGCUUUUGUGGAAGGGGUAAAAGAAAGCUUGAGGGGGAAUUGGGAGCACCACUUGCUGUGUAUCUUUAUCCAUGUGGGGCUGGAAAUUCACUCCUGUUUGACUUAGUUUCUCAUCACAUUCACUGCAGUCUUUGUAAAGGUCUUUGGUGAAGAGCUCACUGUGUUGUGAAUGUGAGGGAGAUUGCCUCUACUGUAAUUCACACCCUGUCUUCUUGUCUUUGGACCCCUAUUUGGACAAUAGAUGCCAGUUAAUAAUUAACCAGCCUUAACUUAUUGGGAGGGACCUAUCUUAGUGUAAGGCUCUCGACCCCCUCCCAAUUUCAGAAAUUCCCCAACAAUGCUGUGUUGCAUGCAAGCUACCCAUGGAAAUGCAAAGCCCUUCUCUGACUAAGAAGACCAUAUGGUGUGUUGGUUUCUGUGUUAGUUUUCUUUCUUUGUAUUUGUGUGACUGUUUGCUCACAAUUAGUAUCACCGUCUUCAAAAAGAUGAUGUGGCCAGGCAAUUAUAUACAGCCUUUUAUUGGUCACGUAAUGAGGAGUCUUACUUUGGAACCUCUUCUGCUUAAUUUUUAGGAGGCGAAGUGGUUUGCAAUUCUGUUGUGCCCUUUCCUGGGUCCUGGGGAAAUCAUACAACUAUGUUUGCUCCUCAGUGUGUAGUGGCUGACUCACCAUAUAACUGAUAGCAGCAUUGAUAAUUUCUCAGGGACCUUCCUUAGCCAGACGCUUUUCUGAACUAAACAGAGAAUAUUACUGCUUUGCUCAUAGGAGUUCAAAGAUCCGGGUUACUCCAGAUUUCCUUGUUUCCCAGCAUGCUUUCAGCUAUGUGAUUUGCAGAUAUAUUUUUGUAAAGAAGAAAAGAAAAGAAAGAAAAGAAGAAGAAGAAGAAAAAAGAAAGUCUAUGAUUUGAAAAGAAUUAUUUAAUAUGAUAUUUGCAUAGACAUCCCUAGUAUGACUGAACUAGCAUUUUUCUCACUUGAUUUGCUGGUUAAGAAGAGAUGCCUUGUUAAAUCCUAUGGUUUCUAGGGCCCAGCUGGAAUAUAUAACAGACCACAUAUGAGAUAUUGGCCUGAGAAAGAUGGUUCACAUGAAAUACUUCUGUGAGAUAGACCAUUGAUCACCAUUUAACCAAUAGUAUGUAUAACAGAUCCAGUACACUACUAAAUACAUUCAGACAUGAUCUACAUGCAUGGCUCAUUUACCUAGGUUAAGCACUUAUUUUCUUAUAUUGCAUAAUCAAACCAGGGAAACAGAGUUCUUUCCUAGGUCUUACACUGUGACUCUAGCCUAUUAGUAGGUUAUGUUAGUAGGUUAGCAAUAGGUAUUUCUUUGCUCCCCCAAAACUCCAGAAAUAUAUUUUCUUUAUUUAUACUUCAAGUUGUCCAAACAGUAUACAAAAUAUACAGUUAAGUGCUUAAUUCAUCAGGUAUUUCCAAAAUAAGACUUGGUGAUUUGGUGAUGAUCAAUACAACAGCACAUUCAUGAUACUCAAUAAAUGUUUUCUAUUUUGUUUUUUGAGAGUAGAAAAACAUUUUCUUGUUUUCUUACAUAAAGACUAUUAGUGAGUACUUUUAUUAACCUAAUGCUAAAACCAGGGGUGAAAUGCUCCCGGUUUGGACCGGUUUGGUUGAACUGGUAGCGAUGGCCGCCAGUGGUUCAGAGAACCGGUAGCGAUAGCGGUACAAGGCUCCGCCCGGUCAUCAUUACUUCCUGGUUCUAACCAGAAAGUAAUUUUUUUUACCCUCUGCGCAUGCGCAGAAGGAUUUGCGCACGCGCAGAGGGUCCACGCACACACAUGACGCGCAGCAAGUGCACUUCCGAACCGGUUGGGAAGGUAAGUAGAUUUAACCCCUGGCUAAAACCAUAUCAUAAAAGUCAUCCUCGCACUAUACAUGGUUUUGCCAUAAUCUAUGGUGAAAGACUGCUGUUACAACAAACAAAUCCUGUUUGCUAUCACAAGUGCAAAAUAUAGGCAUAUGCACAAUGCAACAAGGAAACAAAUGAUGAUUCAGGAAGAUUUGGUCAAGUGUGCAAACUAUCUGAAACUAUGUUAUUACUCAGCAAUAGGGACCAAAAAAUAAAUAAAUCAUGUAAUGAAGAAAUUGCCACAAGGAAGAAACACUGAUUCAGGGGUAGAAUCUGGUGGUGCAUUUAGAGAUGACUUUUAAACUCCUCCAUAUUUAAACCAUCUCUCACAUUCUGAUGAUCAUUUAGUCAUGCACUAGAUAGAAACUCCACCGCAGUUUCUUUUUCAUCAAUUAGCUCCUUAGCAGUCAAAUCCAUCUUCUCACGGGAGAAGUUGUUAGCAAGCUACUCAAUUCCGUCUCAAAAAUCAGUCAGUAAUUCUUUUUUACUUGAGAUCAGAGUAUUGUUCCAAGUAUUUCCAUAUCAUAAAGGCAUCACUAUAUUGGCUUGAUUCACAUCUAUAUCAUAGAAUUUCUGCAACACUAAGCAAUGACUUGCAAAUAUAAUAUCCAGAUUCCAUAAUCAGGAACUUUAUAUCAUUAGAAAUGCUUUCAGCAAAUGUGCUUAGGCAUUCAGUUGCCAAAAAUUAAGCAUAAUGAAAUCAAAUAAUGUAAAAGCAUGUAUGAGUCAGACUCUACCUUGGGAAAUUUAUUGCUUGCAAAGCUAAUAUAAAGAUUAGAAUGUAUUUAAAUAUCAGUGUCACCAAGUGGAAGCUGUAGAGGAAAAAGAAGCACUUAAUAUUUGUUGGACAAUAUGUGUUAAAGUAUGGCAUAAUAAAUCUUCCACCAAGUACACAGACUCAUUUAUAUUACCUUUUCUGGGUCAGGACCAUGAAAAUAGAUGAUAUAAGCAACAAGAGUAUCAGCUGUACCAAUUUUCCAAAAUAAAUAAUGUUUAGAUAGAGACCAACAGUAGGAAAAUCUAUUUGGAAGAUGAAUUUCCCAUUCUUGUUUUAUUAUGCAUAGUUACGUUUGCACUAUUUUUGAAUUAGUGUUGGAUAGACCUUUUCCACUUUUUGUGCAUUAAUUUGGGGUUAUCUCAAGCUAACCAAGCACUUGCUGAGUGUUUAGCCACUGUCUCAAUAAACAUGCAAAUUUUAUAGCAUGCACAGCAGCAUUCCUGAGGAGUUUUGCUUGGUUGUCAGGAUUAAAAAAUUAGAUCCAUAAUCUUAUGAUCCUCAUGUCAAGAGUGUCAGGAGGAAAGUACAUAGGACAUAAUAUGACAUCUUCCAGCUGGAAGGUUUAGGUUUCCUACUGCACUAAUUCAUGUAGCAGAUGUAAUUUCUUCAUUGGUUUCCCCUUUAUUCUCCUUUAAAGGUUUUAUUCAGAAUGUUGGCGUUAACUGGAACAUAUUGAAGCACAUGGCGUUUUAUUUCUUUUCUAGUGAAAAAUGAUACAAUUACUUAGUAAAUAACAUCAUUGAAAAUAUCCCUGGUGGGGGCUAUAAAAUCGAUUAGAAAAAUGGAAAAUGGGAGAAGGAAGAACAUGUGGCCAGAUACUACUGACCCUACUUGAUUAAUAAUCCUAAUGAAUGGGGUAAUGCAGAGAUGAUCUGAUAAAGUGUUCUCCAGAAUAAACUGCAGCAAGAAGCAAGGUGAGAUAUAGAAGAUGUGAAGGGAAAGAAAUAUAAUCAGAAUUGCAUUGUGAGAAAAGAUGUUUCUCUUGUUAAUAUACUGAUUUUUGGAGUUCAAACCAAAAGAUGUGUUUACUUGCCCAGUGGAUCUCCUGAGCUACCAAUGUGUGGGGGGGUGUUUAGUUUAUUUAUUUUUUCUUCAUUGGCCAAUUGUCACAACAACAACUGACUAUACAUCUAAAACAAGCAAUGCCCUGUCAAUAUAUUUUCCUUAGGCUGUGUGAGACUGGUCACAAAAACAUUCAACAUACAUUUGAAAUCUCCAUUGUACAGAAAGUGUAGCACACUUGAUUCCUUGCUGGAAUCCCACUCAUCUAAGCAAUAAUGUUCAGUUCCUUCAUGGCUGCAUAUAGACAUAUAUGUUUAUAAAUGGCAUCUUUGUAUAUGUUGAAGAAUGCAUUGUGGUCAAAGGGGAGAAAAUGGAAGAAAUGUUCUGAAUUAAAUACUAUAAUGCA